CAGACAAAAAUGCCUGAUUCUGCUGGAGUAAGUCCUAGUAAAAUGGAUAAACCGGCUGCAGAGGACCCAACUGUAGAUCCAGAGGACGCUAAGCACGAAGAGGACACUAGCGAGGACAAGAACAAUGACUCUGUGUGCAGCAUUGACCCGUACUACCCGCCAAUCAUCUACUUGCCGGAGAUUGUCGUCAAUUCAGGAGAGGAUGAGGAGGAGGAGAUGAUAAAGAUCAGGGCAAAGCUCUACAGGUAUGCACAUGAAUGUGAUCCUCCUGAAUGGAAGGAGCGGGGAACUGGAGAUAUCCGGAUACUCAAGCAUAUUGAGAAAAACACUUGCAGAAUUGUCAUGAGACGUGAGAAGACUCUGAAACUGUGUGCAAACCAUUUUAUUGUUCCCUGGAUGGAGUUGAAACCUAACUCGGGCUCUGAUAAAGCCUGGGUCUGGAAAACCCAGGCUGAUUGUGCAGACGAGGAAUCUAAACCAGAAACCCUGGCUGCCAGGUUCUCUAACCCAGAAAAAGCAAAACUUUGGGAGAAGGCAUUCGAAAAGGCUCGAAAGUAUGUUCUUGAAUCUGAGGCAGCUGAAAUAUUAAAGCAGGAGGGUCGAGGUAUUCUCGGCGGAGUGGCGGAGAGCUCACAGGCGGACGGUCGAGGUAUUCUCGGCGGAGGGGCGGAGAGCUCACAGGCAGGGGACACAUCACAGAAGGAAGAGGACAAGGAGAAUGACGAGCCAGCUAAUGUUGACGCUAAACCGGUUGUUGAUGACGCUAAACCGGAAGUUGUUGAAAAACUAAACGAAGAGAGCGGAACCAAUGACGCGCUAACUGAAAAAUUGAAUGAUCUUGCUGUAUAAAACUUUACUCUUGCCUUUCAACAAUUUAAACCUCAUGUAACUAAUACGCUUACUAGUUAAACUGCCACUGUAAUGUUUACGAUAAUAGAUUGAUCUCAAAUAUUUUCCCUUAAAUAAAACCUACAAUUUGUAAUUUAUAACUAAGAAUAAUAAUAUAUUUUUAUGUUUUUAUUUUUCAG